AUGGCUAGUGAAAAUAUUGAUGAAAUAAAUUUGAAAGAUUGCUUACAAUUAUUUAUUGUUGCUGUUUCGGAUGCAAUUAAUAGUUUAGAACAACAACAAACACAAUCUAAUGAAAAAGAAAUAUUAAAUAAUCUUGAAAUACAAAUAAAAAAUCUAUUAGAUGAAAAACUUUCAUUAUUAUCAUUUCAAUGUCAAAAUUAUCUUUUUAAUAUAUGCAAACAAUAUAAUUAUAAUAUUCAAGAAAAAAAAUUUUCAAUAAUAUUAACAAAAGAAAUAUUAUUUUCAUUUAUACAUAAUCUUAAAUGUCGAUUAUUUUUACUUGAUGCUUGUCAAGCUGCAUGGAAUGGAAAUAAAAUUAUUGUUAAAAAUUUUAUUGAAAAUUAUUCGAUAUUAAAAGAUAAAUCGGGUCUUUAUGGAACAACUCUUUUAUAUUCUGCAGCUAGAAAUAAUCAUUUUAAUAUAGUUAAAUAUCUUAUUGAAAUAGGUAAAUGUUUAGUUAAUAUAAAAAAUGAAGAUUAUAAUGAAAUAAAUCAAGAAAUAACAUUUAAAGCAAGUACUGGUUCAACACCAUUACAUGCAGCUUGUUAUAAUGGACAUUUACAAAUAGUUAAAUAUUUAAUAGAACAUGGUGCUGAUUAUUUUAUAUUAAAUAAUUUUCAUGAAACUCCUAUACAAAAUGGACAAUUAAAAGUAGAUAUUCAAAAAUUUUUUAAAACUUUUCUUUUAAGUAAUUAUUCAAAAAGAUCAAAUAAUCUACCAAAUAAAACAAUACUUGAUGACCUUGAAAAAAAUAAAGAUAUUAUUGAUUGUAUUUGGGAAUAUAAAUCAUUACUUCAUGAUCAAUGGUUACCAGUUCCAACAGAUUUAUCAAAUCAACUUCAACAAUCUUUAAUUAUUAAUUCUGAUAAAAAAUUUCAAACUGAAAUUGAUUUAAAAACAUCAAAAGAUAUUUAUUAUGUUUCAUUUGCACAAUUUUUAUGUUCGAUUAUAAAUAAUAAUGAAGCAGAUAAUAUCAUGUGGUUACGUUGUAGAGGUUCAUCUUUACUUAAUUUUCAUUGUUAUUCACAAUGGCAAAUUAUGUUUAUUAAAUAUCCAACAAGUAUAGCAAAACUUUCAGUGUCAAUACAAAUAUUUAAUAUGACAACAACAAAUACAAUACAACUUAAUUCAUGGUAUAAUGCUAAUACAAAAAUAAAUUUUCUAUUCGAAAGAGCAAUAAAUUAUCGACGAAAAUAUAUAAUUAUUAAUUUAGAUUUUAUUAAUAAUGAACAAAUUAUAUUUGAUCUUGAAAAUUUUACAUUUACAAAUCAACAAAAUACAAUUAAAGGUUUUUUAAGAUGGAUACCAAAAAUAAUAAUCAAUAAUAAUCAUAAAUUAAUAAUUGUUGAUAAUUUUCAAUUAUCUGCUAAUUCAGAUUUAAUAUUAUUAACUACAUCCUAUUUAAAACAAGCACAACAUAAUGGAAUUAUUUCAAUAGAUGAAAUCAAUCAAUAUGAAUUGAAAUAUGAAAAUGAUUUUCAUGAUGAAAUUUUAGAUUUUUCAAAUGAGGUUAGAAUUUAA